AUGCCUGUCGCGAACAUCGUUCCGCCGGUUGGCUUGGACAGCUUGCCUAACGAACUCUUGUUCAAAAUAAUAUAUCUUCUACACCAAGAGGAUGUCAACGCGCUUGGACGAACUUCUAGUGGUUUCUAUCAGAUCAUCAACCCUGAGCUGUACCGCCGCGAUCGGCAGUCGAGGUACAACUAUGCUCUUCACCACGCUUGUUGUGGCCAAGAUAUCAACGCCAUCAACACUCUGAGACGAGUACUCCAGUAUGCUCCUGCUGGGACCUCACCGCUGAGCCGACAUUUCAAGAGGAGCAUCACGUUCCGCGGCAAGAGCUGUUUGUAUCUCACCCCUCUGCAAGUCGCCGUACAAGCUCGCAACCCGCACAUGGUCCAGGCCCUGCUCCACGCCGGCGCCAUCGUGGACCAGCCUGAACUCGCACCAGGUCGUCAUGAUGCUCUGUGGCAUGCCAUCCAUUUCGUCAUGAUGAUUGAUGCAAAGGACCCCGGACACCAGCCCGAGGACACCUCGCUCAAGGUGUGGCUCAUUGAGAUUCUGGUCAGGGCAGGAGCCGACCCGAACCAGUUGACUCAAACCAACCCGCGUCGCGACCCGCGCAGAGGAAACAUCACGCCCCUCCAUCUCGCCAUUGCCAACAAGGCCGACGGCACUAUCAUCGAGUGUUUGUUGCACUACGGUGCUAUCGCAACCAGGUCGCGCUACAAGGAUGUGCCCAACCAGUACUUCUCUAAUGUUUCACCUAUCGCUCAUUUCGUCAACCUACGCCACAGUCAGAAGUUGACCAAAUCGCAGCAUCGCGCGGCAGUGGCCUUGAUUGAACAUGGUGCAGGUUCCGGUGACGAGGCCACCAUGUACACUGUGUCCCGAAAGCCCCUGCUGUUGGAGCUUCUAUCAGCUCCCCGAGCCUGCGAGUACUGGGUCGACAUCAUCGACCUUCUCCUUACCAAGAACGGUGUUUCGGUCGACUGCGGCUCCGAUGAUCCUCUCAUUCUGCACUUUCUUCUGAAGCAUGUCGAUUGGAGACCUGUCGUCGCAUACUCACCGUGGUUGUAUCUGUCUCAUGAGAUGAGAAAUGACAUGCAACAGGUUGCGAAAGUCACCAUACAGACGCUGGAUGUUCUCAUUCGCCAUGGUGCCGAUGUUAACGCUGCAGGAAGCACGGCAAAUUCUGGUCUCACACCACUCCAUGUCGCCGUAGGCCUGAACUCCGACUUCUACGGCAUCUUUAACUUUCUCGUUUCGAAGGGUGCCAAGUUUGACGCGCGGACAGCUGACGGUCGCACGGUUCUGCAUACUCUUCCCCAGAUGGAUACCUACCCCAAUGUCCAACUGGUCUCACACCUGAUCAGGGAUCGUGGCAUAGAUCGGCAUGCGGUCGAUGAUUUCGGCAACACAUUCCUCCACAUCGCUAUGGAGAACAACAUCAAGCCGCUUGACAGGAAGAUGGCCGAGCUGGUAAAGUACUACACCCGUAGGGAUUUCUCCAAGUUCGUCAACGCGGAUGGCAAGACGCCUUACGAUUGUGCCAAAGAUAUGGACAAGUACUACGCAGACCAGAUUGACGAAUGGUACCGCGAUCCCAUGGAACGUUGGGAACCCGUGCCUGUAAGACCUGCCAAAUUGAGGCGGUACGAACUUCUUCAGAGCGGGAUGCAUCGUUUGAACCUCGGGAGCAGAAGGCAGUAG